AUCUCUUUGCAAGCUGUAAUUAUUUGAACAUAAAAGUUUCAUUUGUUUCUCAACUGUUAAAUUUAAUUUUGUAGUAUUUUUUUCUGUAAGGUUUAGUGCAUUCUCUUCGCAUACCUCGCUUCAACGUGGAGUCUCGCUCAACGUGGGUGUGACUUGUCAAUGCAGUUAUUGCCUGUGCAUUCGCGUUCCCGUCUCAAUCGCUUUCACACAACGGGUGUUUCACACAUUAGAGGCACGAAAAUCACGUUGCUGCACACGUCGUGCCUACGCGUCGCGGAUCUGAAACUGUCUUUUAAAGUCUGAAAUAGGCGAUAAAGAAAACUCGUACCAACGCGGAUUCACAAAACUGAAGGUGCAUGCUAUGGACAAAAAGGGGCGCGUUGAGACGACGCCACGUGUUGUCUAUUAUUUAACUGACUGUAUUAACAUAAUCUUACAGCACAAAUAACGUAGAGAAAAUAUGCAAACUUCUUAUGAAAUUUUCUCUAUCGAGGGAACAUUGUCAAUGUACAAGGUAAAAUAGUUUGCUGCAGGUCGUAUCGUUACUCCGAAUACAGAUUUCACCACAUGCGGACUGGACAUUUUCCGCCAAACGCGUUUUAAACAGAAAGCCACAAUGUCGCGUUGGGAAGGCUCAAGAGAUUUUAGUAGAGGAAAGAGAAACGACAGUCAAAGAGAUGGAACCAGUAAUUUUGGACAUGCUACACCCGCGAGAGGUGCCACCAACACCAGCGUGUUUGUUCCUUCCACUGACUGCGGGAAAAUAAUAGGCAAAAAGGGCAGCAAAAUUCGUGAACUCCAAGACACAACAGGAGCAAGGAUACAGGUAUCAAGAGAUGAUGAAGCAGAUGGAACACGCAAAGUUCUUAUAAGUGGUUCACCAGAAGCAGUGGAAGAGGCAUAUAAUCUUAUCCAGAGGCUUGCUGGGUUUGGUGGCAGUUUGUGCAAAGCACAAGAAACUGAUGGAGUAGAAGAUGGUUUGUGGAAUGAGAGCCAUGUUGGUUCAGUUCAAAAUCACAGUAAUGACGAUGAUGAUAUUUGGAAUGAGGCACCAGUUCAAACAACAACAUUUACAAAUUCCAGCAGAAGACAUCGAUUUGAUCAAGGAGAUGGAGGGGGUACAAAGGAGACUAGCUGUCACCAGUCCAAUGGCAGAAGGCAAGGGGGAGAGUGCCACACAUGUGGAGAGGAGGGACACUUUGCCCGUGACUGCCCACAGUCAUCUGGGAGGCAGCACAGAGGAGAGUGUCACAAAUGUGGAGAGGAGGGACACUUUGCCCGUGACUGCCCACAGUCGUCUGGGAGGCAGCGCAGAGGAGGGUGUCACAAAUGUGGUGAAGAUGGGCACUUCGCUCGGGACUGCACCCAAAGGACAGAAGGACAUAACAACAGUGGGAACUCAAAUUGGAGAAGAGAUGAAAAUGGUGAAGACCAGGAAACUGAUAUUGUUCAAGUACGGUCCAUUGAUGUGGGCAGGAUUAUUGGUCGUGGAGGCUCAAAGAUUCGAGAGUUACAAGAAGAAAGCAAUGCUUCUAUAAAGGUAGCAAAAGAGGAAAAUGAGUCUGGAUAUGUUGACGUAACAAUAUCUGGCACAAAAGACCAGAUUCGGCUGGCAAAACGGCUCCUGUUUGGAUGUGGAAUCACAUUUACUGGUGGAAAUGAUGAAGAUCCAGAGGCCUGGAAGUUUGCCGUUCGAAGUGGGGAGGAAGUGAAGCCAAGGCCUUUGAUAGAUUGGCAAGCACUGAUAAAGCAGCAAAAGGAGUAUGAUAAGAAUUGUUUGGCUGCCUUACCUGCGAUUGUAAAGGAAUUUUACAUUGAGACAGAUCAUAUACGCAACAUGCACCCAGGGGAGGUUAGCCGUUUGAGAUCUCAGAAAAAUAAUAUAAUUGUUGAUGUGGAAGAUACAUCUGUAAAGAUCCCAAAUCCUGUUGUCACAUUUGAGGAUGCCUUUGCCCAUUAUCCUGAAAUACUGAGGGAGAUAGAAAAGCAAAAGUUUACUGAGCCCUCACCUAUACAGGCUCAGGCAUGGCCAGUGCUUUUGUCUGGACUUGAUCUUAUUGGAAUUGCUCAGACUGGCACAGGCAAAACACUGGCAUUUCUAUUGCCUGCAUUGGUCCAUAUUGAUGGCCAGUCAGUUCCAAGAACCAGUCGAACUGGCCCAACUGUUUUGGUGCUAUGUCCCACACGAGAACUUGCUCAACAGAUUGAGAAAGAAGUCAACAAGAUCAACUAUAAAGGAAUUAAGAGUGUGUGUGUCUAUGGAGGGGGCAACAGGCGUGACCAGAUCAAGGUUGUGACCAAGGGAGUCGAGAUCGUGGUUGCUACACCUGGCCGUCUUAAUGAUCUGAUAAUGAAUAACAUUAUUGAUGUGAAGACUGUUACAUACCUGGUUCUGGAUGAAGCAGACAGAAUGCUGGACUUGGGCUUUGAGCCAGAGAUUCGCAAAAUCCUCCUUGAUAUACGCCCUGACCGACAGACAGUGAUGACAAGUGCCACCUGGCCUCCUGAUGUUCAGCGUCUUGCCGACAAGUACAUGAACAAGCCAGUGCAUGUUUUUGUUGGGACACUGGAUUUGGCUGCAGUUCAUAGUGUAACACAAAAAAUAGUCUUCGUGGCUGAAGAAGACAAGAAGGACAAGCUUUUUCAGUUCCUGGAAGACAUGAAAUCAGAUGACAAGGUUAUUAUCUUUGUGGGCAAAAAAAUUGUAGCUGAUGACAUCUCCAGUGACCUUGCCAUGAAAGGCAUUGAGUGCCAAUGUAUCCAUGGUGAUAGAGAGCAGUGUGACAGAGAACAAGCACUGGACGAGUUUAAGAGAAGUGUGGUGAGAAUUCUUGUUGCGACAGAUGUUGCAUCAAGAGGUUUAGACGUCAAGGAUAUCACACAUGUUUUGAAUUUUGAUUUUCCACGCAACAUUGAAGAGUAUGUGCAUCGAGUUGGUCGAACAGGACGUGCAGGACGUUGUGGUAAUUCGGUGACCUUCAUGACAAGAAAUGACUGGCGGAGUGCCCAAUCUCUAAUUGACAUCAUGGCUGAAGCAAACCAGGUAGUGCCAGAAGAACUGCUAGAAAUGGCUGAGCGGUACAAACACCAUCAAGAGAAGCGUGCAGCUGAGGGUUACGGCGGCAAAGACAGAGGAAGGGGUUUUGAUGCUGGAUAUAGCUUUGGUGGUGGCAGAGGAAGACAAAAACGUGAUUUAGAUAGUUUCUGGUAGGAGUGAAACCUGGAAAGAGAAAAGUUGGUAACAGUACAAAUCUGCAUAUUGACCAUUUUGUGUUCAUUCCUUGACUACUACCAGCCGGUAAACCAUUCUUCUGGUUGGCCAGUUGUGUUAAUGUUAUGCGACGAUCAAUACUUGGAUUGUAGCUCUGUUGUAUUUCCAAAAACAUUUGUCCAUUUUCCUUUUCUUGAUUGUGUUUGUGGGUAAGCAGGCAAUUGUAGUACAAUGUUAAAAAAAAAUAAUGCUGCAAGACUUUGCCAUUUGAUCAAAAUAAAAUACAUGGAAUACAGG